AUGACCCCUGAUGAAGCAAAGCUGCUUUUCAGUCAGACAAAACGCCAUUCGGGAACCCAGGUGAGAACUAAACCAAGUGUUCUUGAGAGAGUGAGACAAUUGGGCGAUACGUUUAGCGCUAAGAAGAUUAUCAAUCACAUUCAAAAGGAAGCAGGGGGCGUAGUGUCGAUAUCGUCUCCAUCCGACUUUCCAAGAGAUAGACAACAAGUUUACAAUCAACUUCGACAAGUUGAGGGCAGGAAAAAAUCUCGAAGCACUGACCCAGCUAAGUCACCGGACAUUACCAAGUUGUUGUCUCUCCAGCAAGCCGGAAGAUUUAUCCGUGAUGUGAGUAUGGGUGCAAGAUCAGAUAAUAAAGGCGAGAUUCGAGCAGCAGUGAGCACGUUUGCAGCCACCAAUUACAGUAUCGGUUGGAUAAAAAGAUUUUGUCACCCGCGUUCAAGUCCAGCUUCAGUGGCUGGAGUGGAUAUGACGUACAAAUUAGGGCCCUUCUACCUCACAACAGUAACUUUCCCUAAUCCAAUGUUCGUGUACAAAAACAACGAAAGUAAACAUCCUACAACCCUGGCAGCGGUAAUGACCUCAGUGUCCAAGGAAACACGCGACUAUGAGUAUCUCGCAAGGUCAUUAAAGUCGGAAGGGAUAGAGUCAUUGACGUACGGAACGGAUGGAGAGUGUGCGCUAGAGAGAGGCUUUGAGAGCGUCUACCCCAUUGAAGGUCCUGCUUGCACAAACAUUCAUUUACGCUGCUUCGACCACGCCAAAGGUGACAUUAUUAUGAAACUGAAAGAUCUAAAUGUGUCCGAAAGUGAAAGAAAGAAAAUUCAACAAGAAAUACUGGGAAGCGAGUUCGGGGGAAAGCGACUGAAAGGUCUGGUCGAUUGCGAGAGUGAAACAGAAUUUGAAGAACUGUACGUGAACAAAGAGGCUCAUUGGCCUGAACAGUUUAAAGAAUGGAUGGUAACCAACAAAGGGAGGCACAGAUCCAUGAAGGCGACUUUAAAGUUUUGUAUGUUGAAACCAAUAAGAAUUGCAGCCGGCCUUGGUAACCCCCCUAACAAGUGGGAUAAUCAAAGGACAGAAUCGCUCAACAACGUCAUCAAAGAAGCUGCGGAGAAUCAGGUAACUGAUCAGGCUACCAUUCACGAAAUUCUAGAAGCCGAAGUAAUACAACAACAAGAGCAGGAAUACAUCAAAGCUAUUUACGGCAUGGGGGAAUACAGGCUGGCCCCAGAAUUUCAAGCCUAUUCCGUUACCCCUUUAGCUUGGUCUCAGAAGACACCCGAGCAGCAACGGCAACACGUACAGAAAGUCCUUAAGGUCCCGUUGUGUUCAUCUUCCAAUCAAAUCCAACCUACGACGAGACUGUCCAUUUCAGUCGAAGAAUGUGGGGUGAGCAGCGUAGCCGCGGGAUUUUUGAAUCAAAUUUGGCACGAAUCAGAAAUAAUUCUGUCUCAUCACAAAGUAAUCGAUCUGGGUGGAGGUUCGUAUUGUGUGACCGAGUUUGGAAACAGUGUGAAUGUCACGAUCAAAAGUGGUAGCCCCACAUGUAGAUGCCGUAAUUCCCAAAGCACAGCAGGUCUUUGUUCUCACAUUCUUGCCGUGGCUGAUACGAUAGGAACACUUCCUGCGUUCUUAGAUGGUUUCAACAAGAAAAAAGGUAAAUCACGCAACAUACUCGGUGCUAACAUUCCAAAAAGGGCAGGCGAAAAGGCCAAGGAGAAGAAAAAACGAAAGGGACAGAAUAAUGUGGAACUCACUCCAAUCAUAGAGGAAGUAACAAGACCAGACAGUGAAAUAGAUUUCCAGAAGCCUCUUGCGUUCACAGAAAUAUGGCACAACAACAACAACUUUUACGUUGUCUUCACCAAAGAAUGCAGUAAGGCUAAAAAGUGCUAG